AUUGCUAACCAGUAUUACGGACGUCCUCUGUAGAAUUUGUCCUCUUUGACCUUUCCUUGUUGGAACCUGUUGGAGCUAACGAAUCAGUAGGCCCUAUUCAUUUGAGCAGUUGAUCAGUUCCGUUUACGCACGUGCAUCAAUGCACGCAUCUUAAGUUUACAUACUUUUUUCAACCUAACCACAAAUACAAAUAUAACCUAAAAUUUUAUGAACGCCCGAUCACUUCUAUCAUGAAUAUGUUUAAUUUGCGUGCGCAUUGAUAACUAUUGAAUAUGCAAAUAUCUAUCGAAAAUUGAAUUCGCGAAAGUACAAAAAUGAAAGUUAGAAAGAAAAUUAUACAACGACAGCAAGAGAAAGAACAAGCUCUAUAUGUUCGUUUGCCACAUACAAUUCGAGAUAAAGACGAUGUUGCAAAAUUAUUUACUGGUAAUUUUAAAGUAAAUUUACUUCGGCAAUCUAGUAGGUAUUGUUAUGUGGUAUUUCCCGAUGUAAAGGAGAAGAUGAAAAAUUUAACAGCAGUGAAGAAUACAAGGAUAAAUGGGAAACGUAUAGUGGUUGCACCUGCAAAUACAAAAAUUGAGAGAAAAACUACAAUAGUAAGAAAAAAGAUUGUUAUACCUAAGGUGAAAGAAGAUAAAAAAUUGACAAAACACCUUUUUGUAUCAAAUAUCAAAUGCGGAACAAAACCUGAUGAAUUGAAGGCAGUUAUCCCAGGCUGUGUAUCUGUUAAAAUGUUAAAACCAUACUCGCAGACAUCUAAGGCUGCAAUAGUUAAAAUGGAAAGUACUCAGUUAGCAGCAGAAUAUUUAAUGAAUGUAAGAGAUAAACCAACUGUAGCAGGAAGAAAAUUAAGGUUAAAUCCAGACACUAGAGACAGACAUAGAAGACACGAAUCGAAACCUCUUAAAAUUUAUGAUGGUGAAACAGAAAUAGGACAAGAAGUUACAAAAGUGAAAUAAAACUUUGUUAUAUCAUACUUAAAAAUAAGAUGUAUACAAUUUAUUAUGCUAUUAAAUUUUUAUUUGCUUUCAAA